AUGACUCCAUUCGGUAUCGUUCUAGUAGCUGCUGUGUUCUCUACCCAGGUUAUGCAAGCCAUAACACAGCCUAAAAAAUAUCGAUGUAAUUCGGUAAGACCGUUGCCUCAACCGGAAUCGGAACCAAUAUUGUCUUGGAUUUUAAAACUACCACCAUCAUUAUCGGUUACAAAAUCAUCGUCUACAGCCUCAAAAUCCCCUGCUUUGGUUUCAAAAUCAUCGUCUCCAGUCAUCAAUAAUUCAUCAUCUUCAGUUCCAAAAUCACAGUCUUCAGUAUCAAAAUCACAAUCUUCAGUUUCAAAAUCAACGUCUACGGCCACUAAAUCAUCAUCAACUGUUCAAAAAGUGACGUCAACAGCAACUAACUCAUCACGCACAGCCAACAAAUCGCCACCAGACUCUUUUAGUUUAUUUAAGUUACCAUUAAAAUUAAUUUCUAAUUUACUGAUACCACUAAUACCACCAACAAUUAGACAAAACACAUCUUCGAUUAUUUCACCAGUAUUUAGUUUUCAGAUGCCUUUAACAUUCUCAACGAUUCAUCAUCCUAGCUAUCUACCCUAUAAUACAAAUAACUCAACUGUUCCGUGUAACUCUUUACCUGGUAACACAAACAAUUUACCAGUUCCUUUAAACCCUUUACCUGUCAUCUCAAACAAUUUACCUAUUUCUUUUAACUCUAUACCCGGUAAUACAAACAAUUUACCUAUUCCUUUUACUUCUUUACCUGGUAACACAAAUACCAUACCUACUCCUUGCAACUCUCUACCCGUUAACACAAAUACCUUACCUUCUCCUUGUAAUUCUCUACCUGGUAACAAAAAUAAUUCAACCAAUCCUUGUAACUCUGUAUCAGGUAACAAAAAUAAUUCAACUAAUCCUUGUAACUCUGCAGUAUCUGGUAGCACUAAUACCUUACCUAAUCCUAGUAACUCUCUACCCGCUAACAUUAAUACCUUGCCUAAUCCUUGUAGCGCUAUAGCUGAAAAUGCAAAUAAUUCAAAUAAUGUUCUUUGUAACUCUCUUCUAGGGAAUUCACACAAGUUCAUUAUUUAUAAUUUGUUUUGUAAUUAUUUGCUAAACAAAAUUCAAAAUGUAAGCUGCACUAUUCCACCAAUUGAACUUAUUCCAACGCCUAGCGAACCUAAUCCCCUAGCGACGGACAAUCCUACAGUAACACCCAUACCGAGCGACUUUACUGUAACACCAACUGUUUAUUCACCAACUGAAGAUACACCAAAUGAUAAUAAUACACCAAAUGAUAAUACGCCAAAUGAUAAUACACCAAAUGAUAACACAUCAAAUGACAAUAUACCAAUAUCCACACCACGCUUUCCUAUUCCACCAUGUAUGUUUACACCAAUUAAUAAGAUCCAUACACCUUGCCUACCACUAAUCCAUAUUCCAAAACCAAAACCUUGUAGUGUACCAGUGACCUACUCGAAUUCGCAUAUACCAUUAAAGUAUUGUCCACCAAAUCAUGGAUCUUGUUCGCCAUCUUACCCUUAUUUUAAUUCAUUGUUUAAUCCUACAACUUACAAAUCUAAUACAGAUCAUACUUUAAAUCCACAAGAAGAGAUCCUUUUAAAAAUAUUAAAAAGUGUGAUUUCAAAUCAAAAUGUAUGA